AUGGUUCGCGUAGGCCAAAGAUGGCAUGCUCUAAGAGCUAUACGCUUCGGACCCGGCGCCGCAACACUCCCUCCCAAUGUCACGAGAAUACACAUGGAAUUCGCCAAGCGCGCAGAAAACGGUCACGUUGGCCCCAAAAAGUUCUGGCGUGAAAUGCUUCCCCGUCUAAAGUACUACAAUCCUGCCGUCCCUAUGAUUGUCAACCGCAAGGCCAACACCGAAGGCGCCGCCGUCAUGUCCGUCUACUUCUCCGCCACCGACGCGCCCGUCGACCCGGCGACCCUCCCGCAGCCCCCCUCUUCGGCCAUUGACAACAGCAAGGCCCAGCCUCCUCUCGAGGGCGUCGAGCGCGUCGUCAAGAUCGAUAUGAAGGGCAAGCACUCCCAGGAGAUCCUCGACCGGUUCCUCGCGGAGACCAAGGCCGAAGCCAUCCUGCCGGGGCCCGAGGAUGAGAGAGAGAUGAAGGCCGCCGAGGAGCUUAGGAUCAAGGGUGAGAAGGACCGCCAGCGAAACCUCAAGAUCCGUGAGGAGGAAAACAAGGAGAAGGCUAUGUUGGCCAGGGCGCGUGCUGAGGUUAGCUCGUAG